AUGGCGACCGCUGUACUUGGAUUAUGCCUCGUUCACGCGGCUGUGGCUGCCCGUAGCGAUGAAGCGCCGCCACUGUACCUGCGCACAACUGUAGACAUUGUGUUGGUUGUGGCGGGUAUGGCAUUUGCGAUGGUUGGUACUGGCAUUUUCGUCGCAUACGUGAGCAUCACAUCCAGUCGACGAACGAAAGCGUUGACGACAGCAGCGUCUACGCAAUCGACACACGGGGACUCUGGGGCACAUGCUAACGACAUGCCGCUCCUAUCGGACCUUGAUUUGUAUCACGUCGACCCACGGAAUGACGUCGCGCCGUUGUAUCCACAUCAGUUGUUGCGCCGUGAAACUCCAUUGCUGGAACGGUGCGGCUCGUCCACCGUAAGCGACUACCAAAUGGCCAACGAGACAGAGCUGAAGCCGCUAACAUUCGAAGUCGAGACCCAGCGAUUCAACGUUCAGAUGCGAUCGGCGCACCCCAUCCAAACCGCCGACAGGAGGUUCAACAUCAAAUUAAAAGACUAGUGGGCUUUAGCGUGUUGGCCACAGUCGUACCACAUAACGUCAACAUAUAUUUUCACGUGGAAUGGAUGGAAGUGAACCAGUAUGCCACGUUAUGCCUGCGUAAAG